AUGGGCACCUGCUGCAGCUGCGACACCUCGCCACAGGAACGCAUAUCUGGACCAUGGCCGGCCGCAAAGGAGUGGAACGGAAUGGGCGCUCACGGCAGACUUUGCAGACUGACUGAUAGCUGGCCUGGCCUGUACCUACCCGGAGAGAGGGACAGCCGAUUCUCCUGGGUUUGGGGCGGGGCGUGUCCAAGUCCAACCGCCAUCAGCGCCGCGCGCGCUGUUCUGGGGUCAGUUUGGAUCUGUGGCGAGGGUGGCUUAGCGGGUGCAGUAGUCGAAAGCUUGCGCUUCCUGGGCGUUUGA